CCGCACGGGAGGAGCGCACUUGUCCAGCCCACCGCAGCCCAGCACAGCGGCGCACGGCACGGCACGGCGCCGUUAGGAUAAAACGGGGGAAAGGAAAGCAUCGAAGCCUCGCUCGAAGCCUCAAAAGCAUAGCGAGAGCAGGAGAGCGUAGCGGGUGACGGCCGUGGCAGUCGUGUUGACCCCGCCGCCCCACGUCAAAACCGAAGAAGCGGAUGUGCGCGUGCAGCGAGGAGUAGGGCGGCGGGACACCGACACCUGCGCCCGCCUGCCUGCGAGCGCGAGGGUGGUGGUGGUGCCGAGGCGAGAGAUCCGUGCCGGUGCCGCCGCCGGCCGCAGGAGAUCUGGUCGGUGGUGCCCGGGAAAGGCGGCAGCAGCGGGGGCGAGCGGCUCGAGGAAGUCGGCGGCGGAGGAGUAGGAGGGAGAUCUCUCUUCUGUGGCUCGAUGGAGCGGGGCGAGGGCAAGCGGGGAGCCGGAGACUGCUCCGUGCAGGAGAGGAAGAAGAAAGUGCGCAGGAGAAGCACUGGCCCUGAUUCGAUUGCUGAAACCAUCAAGAAAUGGAAGGAGCAAAAUCAGAAGCUCCAGGGAGAGAAUGGACCCCGGAAAGCGCCGGCCAAGGGUUCCAAGAAAGGGUGCAUGGCAGGGAAGGGAGGUCCAGAAAAUUCAAAUUGUGCUUACCGCGGUGUGAGGCAGCGGACGUGGGGCAAAUGGGUCGCUGAGAUCCGCGAGCCCAACCGCGGCAAGCGGCUAUGGCUUGGCUCAUUCCCUACUGCGGUGGAAGCUGCGCAUGCAUAUGACGAGGCGGCAAGGGCAAUGUAUGGCGCCAAAGCACGUGUCAACUUCUCAGAGCAUUCCACGGAUGCCAACUCUGGUUGCACCUCAGCACCUUCAUUGCUGAUGUCUAAUGGGCCAACCACUGCGUCACAUCCAUCUGAUGAGAAGGAUGAGUUGGAAUCUCCUCCAUUUGUGAUGUCCAGUGCGCCGACUGAUGGGCUGCAUCAGCCUGAUGCGAAGGAUGAGUAUGGAUCUGCAGGGACACUGGUGCACGAGGUGAAAACGGAAGUGAGCAAUGACUUGAGAAGUACCUGUGAGGAGCACAAGACCGCGGAAGUAUUCCAACAGGAGGGCAAUGCUUUACACAAAGAAGUGAAAGUAAGUUAUGAUUACUUCAACGUCGAAGAAGUUCUCGACAUGAUAAUCGUGGAAUUGAGUGCUGAUAGAAAAAUGGAAGUACAUGAAGAGUACCAAGAUGGCGAUGAUGGGUUUAGUCUGUUCUCAUAUUAGGAUUUUAGUUAUGAGGGUUGUAGUCAUGCGGAGCAAUAGGAAUAACUUCAUUCUAGCUGCUAGGAAAUACUCCACUUUAUCUACAACCUGAAGCUUUGUAGCCAUUUAUGGUUUUCAUCUUACUGGAGACUGGAGAGGAUAGCUUUAUACCAUAAGCCAACGGGUAAACAAAGUUGUCCUGUGUGUUGAGUUCAUGUACCAUGGUAAAAAUUGAGUCCAUAUUUAAUGAGCUUACUUUCUUGAUAAUUUUUCUUAUUUGUUUGUUUGAACUCAAGUUAGCUCUUGAAAAUGAGUUGUAGAUACUCAGAAUAGCCCUUUAGGGUCGCAUUAAUUUAAUUCAGUCAUAUUAGGAAUUUAUAUUAAAUCAAACGGUUAAAGUAGUACAGAUAAAUACUUAGCAUGCAUGGAUUUGUAAAUACUUAACACACCACUAAUGCCGUCAUAAAAACGGUUAAAGUAGUACAGAUAAAUUAUGAAACUUCACUACAGAAAGUUGCAGGUACCCUGGAUUCAAGCCACCUUGUUUCACUAUGAAGAUCCUUUGCUUGCUAGUUGCUAGUCCUGCAGGUUAGCCAAAUCCAGACGAGUAUCCCAUCUCUGAAUGCUUCACAGCAGACCUUCCACCAGACAGUCUCCAUAAUCAUCACGGGCAAACAUGACGCCAUCCUGUUUUGUCAAUGGGCGGUACACAUUUGAGUACCUAGCAUGGAACCUGCAGGCCCUUGGCUGAUGCAGCGAAAGCUUGGAUGGCUAUAGCGGCACUACAACAGCCAGUAGAGCCACAUAAACCUACCGAUUGGGGCCCACAAAAUAGAGUGGCUGAAGCAGUCUUGCAGUGGAAGUUAGAGGGCAACCCAAUGAGCCUACAAGACGAAGUUGUGUAUCAUUAUUAAGAUGUGUGCCAAUUUCUCCUAUUCAUUAGUCAUUACAAAGAGUUUUUACAGGUUAAGCAAGGUCCAUUUCAGAGACUUGAAAGUACAUCCUGAUUUUGACAAUGACCAUUUAUACUAUAUCAAUUAGCUCCAGGAUUUCCGGAACAAAUCGCAUGGUUCUGUUCUUGUGAUGAUAAGGAGUAUGUAAUGAAGACCAUCCUAUUCACCAUGUUAUCCAUUCCCCAAUGUCCACCAACCUUUUCUAAUUGUCACAACAGCUGCUUCUCUUUCCUUAUGGGAGGUUCAGUUCAAUAAGUUCACACAAUAUUGUUGUUGUAUAUGAUGGAGGGGAAGACAUGCUCAAAUUGAUUUAAGUUCAGGGAUUCUAUGAUGGAGGGAAAGACAUGCUGAAGUUUUGAUUCGCAAGUUCUCUUAUCCCAUCCUGAUCCUAUCUUAGAUGUAAAUGUGGAGUCUCUUCUGCUAUUCUCAGCACAAGUAAUGCUGCUUGACAAUUUAGCACAUAAAUUGCAACUUCAUAUCAUAUUGGUGCUGUCGUCACUGCAUCUCUAGGUUCUACCUCAUCUCUUAAGUGUAUGUUUAUCAUUUAAUUGUGAUCUCUCAGCCAUGACGCAGGACAUUGAGCCUAUAGCACGCAUUUGUUGGGAGGCAGUUAGAGUUGAUUGUUAUCAACACUCAGCUCUUAGAAUCUGGAACAGCUCAAGCAACUUUCUACUGAUUUUAGAUUGUUGCCCUUGCCAUGCGAGUUCCCCACUUAAGGUGCCUAUCAACAUCUCUCCUCUGUAUGGUUGCUUCUGUACCACAAACCAGCAUCGCCAAAUCUUGCUAUUUUGCAGCAUAAUCUUCCCGAGUAGUUAGUACAUGAACCUGCUAGCUUUUCCUUAAUUCAUGAGAGAAGAUAAUAGCGAUUACAUUGACACUGUUGAUGGUUAAAUCCUUGCGUCAUAUUGCAUAUUAGUGCAAAGCAGAUUCUUCAAAAUUUCUGGAGCACUGGGUGCCUGCUUACAUUUCACCAAGUACAGUUAGAGAUCUAUUGUUCCUACUACUUUCGAAUUGGUCUGUCCUCUAGUCUCAGAUAAAAACUGGUAGUGUUGAAGCUCUUCGCAACAUUGUCUUGUCUCUCCCAAAGGUUUGCUUUUGCAACUAUUCAUGCUUGCCUGACAAAUAAAUAGACAGUCUAUAUGCAGUCUACAUUAGAUGUACUUUUAUCUGGAAAUGUGUCGGCAUGUUACUGACUUUGAGCUUUUGUUGACUUAUUAUCAUAACGUCGUUAUGCAAAAGUGCUGUAAUCACCCUUACCUCCUUGAUGAAUACCUGCAAUUCACCUGUCAACAAUAACAGUCUGACUGAAACUAGAUACCGGUGCAUGCAAGCGACAAGCUACUGUUUCUUCAUAAAAUGCUCAAAGAGAUCAGUAGCGAGAGGUUAAGAACCAUUAUUCCUUUUCAGGUGAGAUACUCAUGGGUGCUGCCUCUUUUACUUAUUUUCUGUGUGCUAUGUGAUUCUAAAUUUAAUCAGUCAUUAGAUUUAUCCUUUUGCAAGCAUAAUUUACUCAAUAUCUGAUCUCCAUAUUUGUUUUAUGUCAUACACACUUUAAUGAUUGUCCAAUAAGGUAAUACACUAUCUAUUUGCUAAAGUAUUCACUAACUGGUAAUCACUCAAUCAAGCUUCUGAACAUCGGUUAGCAGUAUGCCAUUUUGGUCCAGCACAACAGCCAUCGCGGUCAAGCCCAGAAGGAGCCAGCUGCUGAGGCCUAGCUUCCUUAUCUUCUUUGCCAAGUUAGAAUAUUUACUUUCCAUAGAUAUGAUUGAUUUAGUUUGUCCAGAUAAGAUAGAGUCAAUUAGGAAAGAGCUAAGAUCCUGCUGACUCAUCAAGUAACAGACGCCACAACAAAGGGUACUAGCGUGUGAUCCUUGGCAUCAAUGAGUAAACUGAAUGAAACGAAGUUUAACCUGGCAAAUCCCAUCCUCCUCUGCUACCGCUCCUGUGCCACAGUGCAAUCACCUCCUCACAGCUACGCUCUUGCGAGCCUACGUCGUGGCACAGUUUUUAUUUGGUCGCACAUCUUGUAGUGAUUACAUGACCCCGACCAUUCUGUUCCUUGUAUACCCAUAGUCUAGUAGACACAUCUCUAAAACACUGCCACCCAUACAUUUCUUAGAAGCUGAACAUGUGUAAUGCACUUCUGAACAUACAAUCAUAAUUAGUCCCAAAUGGUGAUAAUCUCUCCAUUACUAGAAUAUGCUCAUUAGUCACCAACUAGCUAUGUUAUUUGCAUCUUGUCUUCGUCACAAAGUCACGAGCUCUGUGUAGAAUACCAAGAGGCUUUUCUCGCAUUUUUUUUAACCAAGAGGCUAUUUGUGUUGGCACAUAUAUUUACGUGAGUGAACAAUUCACUAGACUUUAUGAGCUCCAGCAAGAUAACUAUUCAACUAGAAGUUCUGAAAGGGAGAAAAUCUUUAUGGAUGAAGUAAAUUUAGAGUUCUUAACAAAAUUAGCAACAAAUAUUGAAGAUGGCACAGAAAUAAACAGUGUGUCUAUAUCAAAGCUAACACGUGCAGGGAAUUUUAUUCAAGAAGUAUUACUCUCGAAGUUAUCAUAUCGCCGAGUCGAGUCGAUCCUGGGGCACUAUGUUGAUAUGGCGCCCACCAUGGUGACAAUUAGACGUUGGGCCUAAAUAAUUCUUAAUUUAUCAUAUGGCAGGAAUAGGAAAUUAAACCUCAUGUGACAGCAAAUUCUAACCUCAUUGUGACAAUUAGGCGUUGGGUAUUCCUGAGCCAGCCCAGUAGGUCUGACAGCCUGGACUGUGUAACCAAAAGCGCUUCAUCACUCUCCAACCUGUGCUACCUUGCCGAUCUGGAUCUGGAUCUGGAUCCAGUUCAACCUCCUGGUGUGUGCUCCUACAGCGCUCCUAUAGCCUUCUCUUUCCCAAUCACCAACCUCGCUGCCGCUCAGCCCUGUUGUCGGCGAGCUCCAGCAGCUCCCCAACUCCCUGUCUCCUCUGUCUGCGGGCAGAUCAGACACUCCGACGGUGAUACAGAGCGAAAAGGUGUGACGCAGCGAGGGAGGUGCGGCGCCAGCAGCACCAGUACAUUUCGUGCAUGUGUGCCCAUGUUUUCAUGGUGAAUCGAAGGCCAGAGGAAGCUAGGUGAAAAGGAGGGAAUGUCUGCACUCGAUAGAGAUCCAGCAAUAUUCUAGUCAACUUUGGGUGGAAAAUCUCCUUGUUGAAGGUAUAUAUAUGAGCCACCACAAAUCAAUCAACUGAGUGUGACAGAACAUGGAAAUACGAGCUCAAGUUGCUGCAGAAGAAACUGAUGAAGCAAGAAGGAAGUGUAGAAAGGUUGGUGAGAUUAUGGGUUCAUCUUUAGAAGUUCUAUCUGACCAGAGUCACGGUAAUAUGUUACCUGAAAGUUAUACUACAUCGAGUGCUGCCCAACAAAGCUUAACACCCUCUGGACAUACGUCAGAUGCAGAACCAGCAGUUAUCCUUGGCACAGAUGCAGCUUGUGGUCUGCUGGCUAAAAUGCCACCAUUAACCUCCAUGCAGGAUGAACCUACAAAUGCAGAAAGAGCAGCAACGUUGGAUGCCUCAGCAGCUUGGGAACGGCUUGGAAUGCCACCAUUGACCCUUUCGCUGGAGCAGUGCAGACAACUCCUUACAACAGCUAGCUAUGAAACACUGGAAAAUCUUUGGUCAAGAGAAACACUGGAAAAUCUUCAGUCAGAAAAAGCACCGGAAAAUCCGUUGGAAAAGUUUCAACAUGCCAACAAUUUGGUUAUGCAGGCCCAUGAACGGAAGAAAUCAUACCUUUUCUCAUUACUCCAAGACCUUCUCUCAUUACUCCAAAAGGAAGAAUCCACUUAUGCUCAGGGACUGAAGGGCCUUAUUGAUAGCUACAGGAAACUUACUGAUAGCUACAGUAAACUUUAUCUAAACCAGUCACCAGCUAGUUAUACUACAUUGAGUGCUGCCCAACAAAGCUUAACACCCUCUGGACAUACGUCUGCAGAUGCAGAACCAGCAGGUAUCCUUGGCAGGGAUGCAGCUCAUGGUCUGCCGGCUCAAAUGCCACCAUUAACCUCCAUGCAGGAUGAACCUACAAAUGCAGAAAGAGCAGCAACAUUGGAUGCCUCAGCAGCUUGGGAUUUAUGGCUUGAAAUGUCACCAUUGACCCUUUCGCCGGAGCAGCGCAGACAACUCCUUGCAGCCUAUGAAACACUGGAAAAUCUUCGGUCAAGAGAGACAUUGGAAAAUCUCCAGUCAGAAAAAGCACCGGAAAAUCCGUUUUGAAAAGUUUCAAUGUGCCAACAAUUUGCUUAUGCAGGCCCAUGAACGGAAGAGGCUGGAGGGCCUUAUUGAUAGCUACAGGAAACUUAUUGACAGCUACAGGAAACUUUAUCUAAACCAGUCACCAGCUCAAGGGACAUCCGAGAGCCCCGCUUUGGUGCAACCAAUUCAGUCUUCUUCAGCAGCCCAAACAACUACCGCAUUACCGACUGCCUUGUCAUCUGCCAUUCGACCACCAGCGCAGACUUUGCCUCAUCCACCAGGACCUUAUGUCGAACUACAAUCAAUCUUUCCUGGCAAUCUUCAUAGAGCAACAUCACCACUUUCUAUUCCAGCGUGUCAUGGUGGCCAUGGAGCUGCUGUCUCGGAAACCCCGGCGACUCUGUCGGUUGCUCCUCCUGUGGAUGCCUUGAAGAAUUCUUUUUGCCACUGCUGUCUGACUGUGGGCCACUCCGGAUCUUUUUGCGCUGCUCUCCGCGUUGUCAGUGGUGUCACCGGUAUGGGCAUUCUAUUGUGGGAUGUAAUUCUUUGCUAUUUGGUCAGCCAGGUAUUUGGAGGGAGAAAAAUUCCCUUGACAAGACCCUCACCUCCAUCUCUCCAGAACCACUCCCAUCUCCGCUGAGCGUGGUCAGGUAAAUAAUCAGGAAUGGCUUUGUGGGUUGGGACUCUCAGUGGCAGAUGGUUUAGUUCCUCUCAACAAUGUUACUGACAGCCCACUUUCUGCCUGGAACGGUAUGAUUAUUGAUGGUAACUCUACCAAUGUUUCACUUGAAGAAAUUUCCAUUCAUGCGCCUGGACAGUCUUCGGAGCUCUCGCUCGUUGCUACUGAUGAGCAGGUUGUUUCCCUGUUUCACUGUCAGCCCACACCGGACGACAUUCGCAUUCAGAAUAUUCUUGCUGCGGUGGGUGCUUUGCUGCUGCCUAACCCCUUUUGGGGGUCUCUGUCGCUGAGAUGGAUGCCGAGUUUUCCCUUAUCUUUGGUCAAUUUUGAUGGGCGCUCUGUGGCGGAUCCUCUGGCUGAGUUGGUGCCUUCUCGUAGGGUGGCGCCAAAGCUUUGUUUCUCUGAUGGCUCGCCUGGUUCUGUGCAUGAUAUGUUGUUGAUUUCAACCAGUCCCAGGAAGUCUUCUAGUGUGGUUAUCACCGAAAUUUCAGAUGAUGGACCUGUCACCCCUUCCACUGACAGGCCGAAGAAGAGGGGCAGGCCUGCAAAAUCGCUACUCCCUCUGAAUCCUGCUACCCUGCGACGUAGCUCUCGCACAAACAAGUCUGAUGGCUUCAAGGUUCCUCUUUUGGGGGCUAGUUCUGUCAAAGCAUCAAAGGUCAAGCCACGCCAACAGUUCCAAGCUCCUCCGGCUGCUACUCCGGUGCCUCUCCUGUGGGACGCGGCUGUUAAUCUCUGUGGUUUGCCGGAAGCUGAAGUUCUGGGAAAGCUUUGUUUCUCUGAUGGCUCGCCUGGUUCUGUGCAUGAUAUGUCGUUGAUUUCAACUAGUCCCAGGAAGUCUUCUAGUGUGGUUAUCACCGAGAUUUCAGAUGAUGGACCUGUCACUCCUUCCACUGACAGGCCGAAGAAGAGGGGCAGGCCUGCAAAAUCGGUAAUCCCUCUGAAUCCUGCUACCCUGCGACGUAGCUCUCGCACAAGCAAGUAUGAUGGCUUCAAGGUUCCUCUUCUCGGGGCUAGUUCUGUCAAAGCUUUAAAGGUUAAGCCACGCUAACAGUUCCAAGCUCCUCCGGCUGCUACUCCAGUGCCUCUCCUGCAGGACGUGGCCGUUAAUCUCUGUUGUGCCGGAAGCUGAAGUUCUGGGUGAUAAGCUACUGGCUCCGGCGUCUGAAGACGGUGGCUCCUCGUCCACUGUUUGAUUCGUCUUUUGCGUGUUUAACUCGUUUAAUUAUAUUCUGCUAUUUCUGAGAACUGUAAUGUGUUAAGCUGGAAUGUUUGGGGCAUUAAUACUUCAGCCAAGCAGACGGCUAUCCGUACUCAUAUUGAUGCUAGUGGUUCUGCGAUAGUUUGUUA